AUGAGCUCUAACUCCCCCAAGGACUUUGUGGAGAGUCUGAAAGGACGAGUGGUGAUAGUUCGGCUGAACAAUGGGUCCGACUUCAAAGGCAUUCUGGCCUGCUUGGAUGAACGCAUGAACGUCGCACUGGAGCAGACGGAAGAAUUUUUUGAAGGGGAGUUGGUGGAGAGCUACUAUGAUGCCUUCAUUCGUGGAAACAACGUGUUCUACAUACGGGCCAUUGACGAUGAGUAG